CACUCUUCUGCACCAAAGCCUUCCUAUACGUCUCUGUGGCGUUUCUUCAGAACCCCAUGAUCAAUAGCAAAUCUUUGAUACAUCCUCGUUAGAACUACUUUUGGAUAUGUUGGAGUGGAAAUUCUGCUGCUACUUAUCUCUUGCAGAAUUCGAUCUCGUGGCAUUUGUGCGAUUAUUCCGAUUUUUGCUUAUCAGAAUUGAUAUCCUCAAAGCAUUUCUAAUUCACCUGCUACCACUCCACGAAAUGAAAAUCUCACAAAGUGAUCUUUGGGUGCAAACGCUACACAAGUGGCUCUAUUCACAAGGUGUCGUUCAUCCAUUUUUUCUAGUGAGUUACAGAUGUGUCCCAGUUAUCGACAAGUCAAACACAAGCUGCACAGUGCUCAACGUUUCAAUACAUUUGCUCACAGAGACACUUUCCCUCUUCCUUCCCAAUGUAUUCUGUACCUCACAACCAAUACACUAAGAUGAGUUCACGUUUUCCCUUUGGAUUAGUCCACCAAAGCUGGACGAAAAAUUACAGAACUUUCUGCGUGACUGACGUAGAAAAACUGAAGAAGUUAACUCUUCACUCGGUAUAUUUAACGUGCUACUACAAGGAAAAU